UCGAGGAUGAAACGCUCUCUCGCUGCUUUGCUCUGCCUACUGGCUUGGUCGCAAUGGGUCGUGGGCUUUGCCGUGGACAUGCGGUCGACUGACGACGGUAGGGCCUUGACCAAGCAGGGAGAACCCCCAGAGUCGGAGUUAAGUAGUGGUACCUUCCAGUCGGACAUGAAGCUGGGCGUGUACGAGAACGAAGUGAAGGAGAGAAUCCAGGACGCCAAAGCAGGACGGACGCGACGAAAGGCCUUCGCCAACCUGAACUUUCGCUGGCCAAACGGUAUCAUCCCUUACGUCAUCACGGCAUCCUCAGCUGGUGAGUCCGAAGCCAUUGAGAAUGCCAUGCACCUCUGGGAGUCUCAGACCUGUAUAAAGUUCGAGCCGUACCGUAGUGAUCUCGGGCUGGGUCACCAGGAUUACAUCAGCUUCAUGAAAGGAGACGGAUGCUGGAGUUACAUUGGCAAACAAGGCACAGGGGCCCAGGAUAUCUCCAUUGGUUCGGGAUGUGAUCACCUCGGCACGACUGCACACGAGAUCGCUCAUGCGAUGGGAUUCCACCACGAGCAGUCCCGGUCGGACAGGGACGACUACGUCAACAUCCUGUACGAGAAUGUACGCUUGGGCUUGGAGGACAACUUCGUGAAGUACGAGGCGGUGACGCAGAGCAUGACGCACGGUGUGCCGUACGAUCCCACGUCCGUCAUGCACUACAACACGCGUUAUUUUUCUUCGAACGGAAAACCGACAAUCAUCACAAUAAAUCCUCUGGAUCAGUUCGACCUCGGCCAGCGUGAACAUCUGUCCUUCUACGACGUAUAUCUAGCAAACAUCAUCUAUGACUGCCUUUCUGAUUGCAGCGACACCCUGUCUUGCCUUAACGGUGGUUACGAAGCAAUGAUAGCCGGCACCUGCAAGUGUACCUGUCCACCGGGCUUCGACGGCGCCCUGUGCGAAGUCGACAACUCGGCGUCCAUCUCCAAGUGCCGCUAUGAACUGACAGAGGCGAGCGGCACGAUCAAGUCGCCUAACUACCCUUCCAACUACGACAAUGGUCUGAAGUGCGCGUGGUACAUAAAGGGCAAAGAAGGGAGUACCGUCACGCUUACCUUCGAUUUUAUGGAUGUGGAGGACGAUGCUGCUUGCAGUUGGGAUGCGGUGGCCGUGCGCACCACUAGCAUGUUCUCUGACGACGCAAAAUUUUGCGGGAGGAACAUUCCAUCCGCCCAGGUAUCGACCAACGAAAUGAUGGUUGUCUUGACGACUGAUGUGUCCUAUAAUUACCAGGGGUUCGUUGCCCAUUACGUCAUUGAGGAGCCCUCGAGUUCCAAUGAAUGUACAAGCACUUGUGGGGGCACCUUAACAGACGUAGGCUGUCUGACUUCGCCUAAAUAUCCUGACAAUUACGACAACAACGUUGAGUGCACCUGGACUAUAGAGGUUGCUUCAGGUUCCCGCGUGAGUUUGGACAUCACCGAGUUGGGCAUCGGCUCUCCGAACACGAAGUGUUUGGACGACGCCCUGCAAGUGAGCUUGACUGGCGGUGACAUUAGUCAGGUCCGGCCGCUCAAGGUGUGUGGUACCGAUCUGCCCAGCGGUUCCAUCAUGUCCUUGGGGAAUACCAUGACUCUCAGAUUCACCACCGACGAUAGUUACCAGAACAGCGGGUUCCGGGCGGCUUUCAGAACCCUUACACUUUAGACAGCCGCCCUAUACGUGAUUCGGUAGCGAAGUCGGAGAGCGAUCU